AGUUACAUAUAAUUCAAGCAACAAUCAUAAGACAACUUUCACACACCUCAAGAGAAAAUGAAUAUAAUCCACUGAGGAUGCACAUGUAUAACUUUUAAAACUAUCCAAACAGAUUAAAAGCAGUGGUGGAAUUUAGCAAAACAGGAACAAAAUUAUGUAUAAACAUAUCUAGACACAAACAAUGUAAUGCAUUAAUAAUACACUGUCAGUUUCCAGUACAUAACAUGCAAUUAAAACAGUGCCUACAUCAAUAUUUUGUGUUUUGUUAGGAAUAACUAUUGCCAGGAAGCAAUUUUCUUCAUGGUAGGAGAGUUAUUUCUAUAAAAGAGAUUUAAAAAUGAAAAUUGCAUUGUUAAACUCAAAAGAAAGCCCUGAAAGAAUGGGAGUUGGACAGAGUGGUUCUUGGCUCGCUGAGUGAGAGGAGAGGAGGGGGAAGUUCUUAUGGGCUGAUGGGAGGACGCGUGGUGAGGCAUUCCUCUCAUAGUUUUGGGACACCUCUUCAGCCCGCACAUACGUCAGAUCUGCUUGGAGGGUAUAAAAGGAGAUGGGGGACUCCAGAAGAGGGAGAGCAGGCAUUCGACAUUUCAGCAAGUUUAUCUCGCUGCCGUGACUUGUUGUCUCAUUGAAAGAAGAUUAUUUUGCUGAAGAGAGAUUGCCUCAACUUCUGAAGAUGUAUGAAGUCUUUGCUGUUUUGAUCCUCUGCAUUUCAAUGGUGUCAGCCUCAUGCCCUAAGGACUGCCAGUGCCCCCCUGAAUUGCCCACAUGUGCAGCAGGAAUCAGUCUCGUGCUCGACAACUGCGGAUGCUGUAAAGUUUGUGCGCGGCAGCUCUUUGAAGACUGCAGCAAGUCAGAGCCAUGUGACCGCAUGAAGGGACUGGAGUGCAACUUUGGAGGUGGAUAUGGUUCUGCAAGGGGAGUCUGUCGAGCCAAAUCUGACGGAAGAACUUGUGAGUACAACAACAAGAUUUACCAGAAUGGGGAAACCUUCCGUCCAAAUUGCAAGCACCAGUGCACUUGCAUGGAUGGUGCUGUUGGGUGUGUGUCCCUAUGCCCACGUGAACUCACGCUGCCCAAUCUGGGUUGUACCAAGCCCAGGCUGGUCAAGGUACCGGGGCAGUGCUGUGAACAACUUGUCUGCUCAGGGGAAGCAAAGAUGGAGAGCUCUGUGGUGAAGAAACACAGCAAAAAGCACCACAAAGACAGAUCAUCUGAAGAUGACCUCACCAAUAAGAAUGAGUUGGCCCCUUUGUGGAGAGGAGAAGCCAAGUCUUUACCUGCUUUCAGGAGUCAACCAGUGAGCCACAUGUUGGCCAGAGGAGUCAAGUGUGUGUCUCACACCACAGAUUGGUCUCCCUGCUCCAAAUCCUGCGGCACUGGAGUGUCCACUAGGGUGACCAACAGCAACUCACAGUGCAAACUGGUGAAAGAGACUCGAAUCUGUGAAAUCCGACCGUGCAACCAAAUGACGAAGAAUGGUCAGAAAUGUAAACACAUAGAAAAAGCAAGCCGUCCAGUUAAACUAACCCAUGCAGGCUGUCGUAGCCUGAAAAAGUUCCAGCCCAGGUACUGCGGGUCCUGUUCAGAUGGGUGGUGCUGCAGGCCUCAACGCACCCAGACGUUACCUGUCCGCUUCCGGUGCAAAAACGGGGAGACCUUCAGCAAGAUGGUGAUGAUGAUCCAGUCCUGCAAGUGUGACCUUGACUGCUCCGGCAGCAAUCAAAAGCCGCCCGCUCUCUACAGACUUUUCAAUGAUAUCCACAAACUGACAAUGUAAAGGGAAGGCAAAGUUUUAAGGGGAAAAGAAGAAACAUUAAGUGAAAUUUGCACUGUGAGGUAGACAUCUGUAGGAUGAAUUUAGUGAACUGUAUUGUUCAUGAUUUUGCUUCAUAACAUUGGAGCUUUGUGUUUUUGCUUCUUUGUGAAGCCAGUAUUUUACAUUGUGAGAAUUCUUAUUUUUCUAGUUAAACUAAAAUUUGUUCAUAUAUGUAUAUAUAUACUUUACAUAUUUAACAUUAUCUUGACAAGACAUGUCACAUGGCAACAUGGAAAUGAUGUAGAAAUACACAUGGCAGCUAAUAAAUACGCCAUUACACAAUAUGUCGCCUUGUUACUGUUGGUUUGUUAUACUUAUUCUUUAUUAUUUAUAAGAAAUUAUCUGUUUAUGCAUUGUUAUAUUUAACCGUGGGGCAUUGUACAUAAACAAUGGUUUGAUACAGUUUCUCUACACUUUUUUUUUAUCUAUGUAAAAUGUUGGAAUAUGACUGAAAGCUGGACACAUACUGCACUGUAUGUAAAUAGGCCA